UGUUCUGUUCUUCAAUAACGACUUCAUUCUAAUUUUGAAGAAAUGCAUAUUUCGGGGCUGUAAAUAUAUCAGGAUUCACUGCAAUUGAAAAGGUUCCUAUGUAAUUUUUUUCAUGCAAAUGAAAUCACUAUAUGAUCUAUAUAUUCUUCCAGAAUGUCGCGACAAGACAGAACUCUUCUGUCAAUGGAAAACACAAACGCACCGUUCUCCGCCGUGGACUGGUCCCUUGUCUCUGUUGCGCACGCUACGCAAGGGCUUUGUGCAGACAGGCAGUUGAGUGGCAGUUCACUCCUAUGGCCACAGCCUAAGCCACUUCCGGAGCGCUUGGCGGUUUUACGUUUAGAACUUGAUGAGUGAAAGAAGACACAAUGUCUGGAAGGACGUACUGUUGUGUGGUGGGCUGCUCCAACUAUAGCGGCAAGGUAGUGCAUGGCAGGACCGUAAGCUUACAUCGUUUUCCUUCAGGAAACUCUUCAAGGAAUCGUAAGUUAAAGAGUAUAUGGUCAUGUAGACUCGGUAGGACAAACUUCACAGUGAGAUCCUGGACCCGGUUGUGCUCGGAACACUUCGAGGGAAGACGAGGACCUACCUCCGAGGUGAAUCUGCCGUCCAUAUUCCACCACAAAGUCUUCAAAAGUACCAAGUUACAGGACCUGUAUGUUGUCACACCUGACGCUGCACAUGAAGAACAGGAGAAUUCAGCAACUGAUAGUGAAACCGAGGCCACCCGACGCAGGUCCCCUCCCCGACUGAUGUCCCCUUCCUCCCUAUCCCGCCUUGACGUAUCGGUACUGAUGCAUGACUACGUGGACAGGCUGGACACAGAGGACAUCAGAACAGUUGCAGACUUCCGACAUCAGGAAGUAACCGUUACACCAUGUGCACAAGAUGCAUGUACACAGACAAACUUUCCUGUAAGCAUGACCGACAAUUCCCAUUUAACCGACCACAGCAACAGUCACAGGCCUUGGCUCACUGUGGAUGACCUUGCUGAUGCAGAGAUGAUGUUUUAUACUGGUUUGCCAGACAAGAACAGCUUCACUGUGUUGUUUGAUGAACUUACUGAAGAUUCUGAUACAAACAAACAUGAAUUAAAGCCCCAUGAACUUACUCUAAAGGAUCAAUUUUUUAUGGUGCUCAUGAGACUACGUCUUGGCCUUUUGGUGUUGGACUUGGCAAAGCGGUUUCGGGUAUCUGCUUCAGCUGUCAGUUCAAUUUUCAAUUCUUGGAUUGACAAAAUGUAUUUUGGCCUUAGUUUCCAAAUAUACUGGCCAUCACAAGAAACUGUGAGACUUAACAUGCCAGAGUCCUGUCAGUCAACGUACCCAACCACGCGAGUUGUCAUAGCUUGUACUGAGGUGUAUACUGAAACUCCUGACUCACUGGGAAACAGAACUCUGAUAUACUCGGAUUACAAAAGGCUCAGGACAUGGAAGGUUUUGGUGGGAACUAGUCCAUCGGGAGUCGUCACAUACGUCAGUGACCUUUGGUCAGGAAGCAUUUCUGACAAACAGAUUACUGAAGAGAGUGGAAUUCUUAAUGGGUUGGACAGUGACGAUGGAGUAAUCGCAGAUGAAGGAUUUCAGAUUGCAGAUCUACUGUGUUCAAAGAAUGUCCAUUUGAUAAUUCCACCAAAGAAGGAAAAGAACUGUAAAUUAACUGAAAGAGAGGUUGAGAGUAUGAGAAAAAUUGCAAACUUGCGUAUUCAUGUUGAAAAGGCAAUAGAGCGAAUUAAACAUUUUCGGAUCUUACAAGGUGUCAUUCCCCUCACAAGAAGUGAACAAGUUUCCAAGAUUUUCUAUAUAUGUGCUGCACUGAGUAACCUCCAGCCACCACUUGUAACCAUGGUAACACAUUAAGGUCAUUUCAAGAGGAUAAUCCAAAACAUAACUAAUUAUGCAAUUAUCAUCACUCUGAAAUGACCUUGUGUCAAGUGUGCUUCAUAUCUCAAAAAUGAAUAUAAUGAAUUGUUUGGUGGUCUAGUGUGUGACCAGGACCAGUUUUGUCCUUGAAUUCUCAAUAUUUCUGUACCAUGGCAUAUGUAGCCUGUAUGUACACAUGGCAGUAAUAUCAUUAAGUACUCAGAGAUCAUACCACUGUCUGUGUGUGCUGUAAUACCAUUACUAAAGUCCAUUCACGUGACUAGAGGUUGUAAUCCUGGUAAUGGUUUAGGGAGGAAGAUUUCUGUUGUAUUUUCUGUUUGAAUGAAACCUGACCUGCACAUGCUACUUUUCACAUUGCGCUUUGCAGCUCUACUUUCAACUGGUGUAUAUAUAUGUAUAUGUUUCUGUCAUGUAGCACUUUUAUACCUGCUGAAUGUAUAUUUUCUGCAUAGGUCUUCAGUGCUGAAAUAACAUAAUUUUCACUGGACAUAAAUGUUAUAUUCACAUAGAUUCUUGCGACUGAAGCAAAAUUAAUGUGAUUGAACUGUGUGUUCCCGUAUACACAAUCAGUCUGGGACUUUAACCACCAGUCCAUGGUGUGACUAAACCUUGUGUUCCUGUAUACACAAUCAGUCUAGGACUUUAGCCACUAAUCCAUGGUGUGACUAAACCUUGUGUUCCCCUAUACACAAUCAGUCUGGGACUUUAGCCACCAGUCCAUGGUGUGACUAAACCUUGUGUUCCCCUAUACACAAUCAGUCUGGGACUUUAGCCACUAGUCCAUGGUGUGACUAAACCUUGUGUUCCCCUAUACACAAUCAGUCUGGGACUUUAACCACUAGUCCAUGGUGUGACUAAACCUUGUGUUCCCCUAUGCACAAUCAGUCUGGGACUUUAGCCACUCGUCCAUGGUGUGACUAAACCUUGUGUUCCCCUAUACACAAUCAGUCUGGGACUUUAGCCACUAGUCCAUGGUGUGACUAAACCUUGUGUUCCCCUAUACACAAUCAGUCUGGGACUUUAGCCACUAGUCCAUGGUGUGACUAAACCUUGUGUUCCCCUAUGCACAAUCAGUCUGGGACUUUAGCCACUAGUCCAUGGUGUGACUAAACCUUGUGUUCCCCUAUACACAAUCAGUCUGGGACUUUAGCCACUAGUCCAUGGUGUGACUAAACCUUGUGUUCCCCUAUACACAAUCAGUCUGGGACUUUAGCCACUAGUCCAUGGUGUGACUAAACCUUGUGUUCCCCUAUACACAAUCAGUCUGGGACUUUAACCACUAGUUUUGACUCAUUAAAUGAGAUAUAACAGUU